AUGGUUAGUUCUCAUCGUGCGCAGGCGCAGGCGCAGGCGCAGUGGUGGGCCGCGCCCGGAAUAAUAUAUGAGCCCCGCAAGUCACCUGGCAACCCUAAUGAGGUUAGAGGGCGCAGGGAGGAGGGAGAACGUGGAUUCGCCCACGCGACAAAUAAGUCGUUACGAUUUGAUUGGUAUUUUUAUUGGACCCCUAUCUCGAUGCUUAGUCCU